CCUACACCCAAGAUAUCAUCAACACAAACAUUUCCUGUCCUCUGCCUUGGUCUCUACUAUACUAGCACACUUUUGCACCCCCACUAAAGUCAUGGCCACCACCACAGCAGCCCUAUCAGGAACCAUGGUGAGCACCUCCUUCAUCAGGAGGCAGCCAAUGAACACAAGCCUAACAGCAUUCCCUAACGUGGGUCAAACUCUAUUUGGUGUGAAGGCCGGACGUGGAAGUCGUAUCACUGCCAUGGCCACUUACAAGGUGAAGCUCAUUACCCCAGAUGGAACUAAAGAACUUACCUGCCCGGAUAAUGAGUACAUUCUUGACGUAGCCGAGGAACAAGGCAUCGAUCUUCCUUACUCAUGCAGGGCUGGUGCUUGCUCUUCAUGUGCUGCAAAAGUUGUAGAAGGGGAAGUGGAUAAUUCAGAUAAUAGCUUCCUUGAUGAUGAUCAAUUAAGUGCUGGGUUUGUUCUCACAUGUGUUGCUUACCCUCGUUCCGACCUUGUUAUUGAGACACACAAGGAGGAAGAUCUUGUUUCUUAAGCAUGAUAUUUGUGUGUUUGAAAUUAAUGUUUUUAUGUGAUUGCUACUAGCUUAACUUUCUCUAGGUGUUCUAUGCUGUUUUUUUACAUUUUGUUUACGUUUUUGGGAAGAAGGAAAUGGCUACAUUGAUGAUUUACUUCUUUCUUUUGUAGUAGUAUAAUAUGUGAGAAGGUUGAAUAAGAAUAUCGACUUUGGCUGAGAGUACAAGCUUA